GAGCUCAUGGCAAAGCCAGUUGACGAUCCAGCUGCCUUGCGACGACUUUUGGAUGAAUCUGGAGUAUCCUCACAGGUGACUGAGCAUAUUGCAUCACAGGGCUACACCACUAUUGCGCUGUUGGGCUAUGCAGUCCCCAAAGCCGAUGCCCUGGAAGAUUUUGUGUUGCUUGCUUGCGCCGAGCAGUUGAGGUGUUUCGAUGCCAUCCAGAACGACCCUGGAAUUGACAGCCCGUCUCGUGCACACGGGGGUGAUCCUAUUACAGUGGUCUCGCGUCAAGCACCCAGAGCCUGGGGACAACCACCAUCUUUGGAAACCCGUCCGAGAACCUGGGGACAGCCACCUCGUUUGGAAGAUCGAGUGAAAGUGGACUCCAAGGAUGAUGGUGGGCGGAAUGCCCAAUCAAGACUAGUGCAACGAGUGACGUAG